AUGCCCCACCGCGUAGCAAACUUCCUGCGCAACUCGACCGAGAACUUCAGCGUCUCCGCCAUUGCAAACCUCAAGACCAUCCGCCACCAGUCAUCACAAAGUCAGCAACACAACAAGCACAGCAACUCCAACUCCAACUCCAACGGAAACAUCCAGGACCAGGGCCUGUUGCGCAGGCUGCCCCUCGACCGCCACUCAUCCUACUCCUCCGAUGACGGCGAGCACAUCCCCUACCACAACAUGUUCGCCGCCGAGCCCGUCGAGCACCUGAAGGAGAGGGAGAAGAAGCACCACCACCACCGCCUCUCGCUGCCCUUUGGCCGCUCCAGCAAGGACGCGCACGACAACUCGCACGCCAGCCUCGACUGGAAGAUCGAGAGCCCGCCCAUCGUCUUCUUUGGCGACGCCGAGACGUCGACCGGCGCCCUCGUGUCGGGCCAGAUGCGCCUCGACGUCAAGGACGAGCAGCUGCAGGUCGAGGGCUUCGAGGCCCGGCUCAACAUCCACGUCCAGCACAAGCGGCCCUUUGCGAACCACUGCCACGACUGCGCCAACCAGUACACCGAGCUCAAGCGCUGGACGUUCCUCACGCACCCGACGACGCUCAAGAAGGGCGUCCACCAGUUCCCCUUCUCCAUCCUGCUCGACGGCCACCUGCCGGCUUCCAUGGACACGCCCAUCACCUCCAUCGCCUACGAGUUCAAGGCCGAGGCGACGCUUGUCAAGGGCACGCCCGGCUCGCAGACGCCCAUCCGCUUCGAGCAGAACUUUGACGUCAAGCGCUCGCUGCUCCAGCCCGAGUUCCCGCACCACUCGGUCCGCGUCUUCCCGCCCACCAACAUCAAGGCCAGCGCCCACUACAACCAGGUCAUCCACCCGGCCGGCACGCACAACGUCUCGUUCCGCCUCGACGGCCUCACGAACGCCAACACCACCAACAAGACGGUCGAGUUCUGGAAGCUGAAGAAGGUCACCUGGAAGCUCGAGGAGACCAUCAAGACCGUCGCCCCGGCCUGCGACCGCCACGCGCCCGCCGGCACCCAGAGCAACCAGCAGAAGGGCGUCCCGCGCACCGAGACGCGCGUGCUCGGCGAGAAGUACAUGCACGACGGCUGGAAGUCGGACUACACCAACACCGAUGGCCACGUCGAGUUCGAGUUCGACUACGGCGUCGUCGCCUCCAAGCACAGCCACGGCCCGCGCUACGCCUGCGACAUGAAGUCGCUCGACGGCACCGAGGUCACCCACGCCCUCAUGAUCGAGAUGGUCGUCUCCAAGGAGUGGGCGCCCGUCGGCAAGCCGCACCUCGCCACCCAGACCGGCACCGGCCGCAUCCUGCGCAUGCACUACCACGUUAUGCUCACCGAGUGCCCCGGCCUCGGCGUCAGCUGGGACAACGAGGCGCCCCCCGUCUACCAGGACGUCCCGCCCUCGCCGCCCGCCUACCCGGACGAGGCGCCGCCCCCCAUCGACUACAUGAGCCUCGAGCACCUCGACGGACAGGCGCACAACGGUACGGCGCACAGCAGGGAGGGUUCCAUCACAUCGCCAUAA